AUGCCAGAAUUUGAAGUGGCAGAAGGUCCUCCUUUUUUUGGAAGACCUGAUUUUGAAUUAUUCAUCACAAUUUCAGAAAAAUAAAUUAAUACAGAUUCACAAGGAUUACCUUAUGAAGGUUGUUAAUUAGAUAUCCCUGAAUUAUUUGAAGGUUGUUCUUUUUGUGUUAGAGGUAUAUGUUUACAUUGUUAGGAAGGAUGGUAAUAUAUAGAAUAAGAUCAGGAAUGUUUACCAAUAUGUGGAGAUUUUAAACUUGUUCAGAAUGAAGAAUGCGAUGAUGGUAAUUUAAUUCCUUAUGAUGGUUUUUAUUAAUGUUAAUAUUCAUGUCCACUAUUUUGUAAGUAAUGUAUAAAUGGAAAAUGUAUUGAAUGUGAGUAAACAUAAUAAUUAAUUAAUGGUUUGUGUUUAUUUGUAUGUAAUCAAAUAAAAAUUUAUUCUGUUUAAUAAUAUACAGGAUGUUUUAAUCAUAUUGACAAUAUUUAAGACAAUGGAUAUUACUAACAUACCUUAUUUAAUUAAGAUAAUUUAAAAUUAUUUCAAAAUGAAUUUUUGGAUUGUAAUCUUUUAAAUUAUGGAAUUUUCGGAUUUAAUUUCAACUAAUGUAGAUUACAUAAUAUAUAAUUGUGUAAAAAUUAAUCUUGGGACAUUUGUCUUGAAUGUAUAGAUGGGUUUUAAUUAACUAAGAGUAAGUAAUAAUGUAUAUCUAUAUGCAAUGAUGGUUAGAUAGUAGAAUUUGAAGUAUGUGAUGAUGGUAAUGUGAUUUAAUUUGAUGGGUGUUAUAAAUGCUAAUUAAGUUGUCAAUUAGAAUGUUCAAAUUGUGUUAAUUAAUAAUGUUUACAAUGUAUAGAAGGAUGGGAUCUAAUUGAAAAUUAAUGUUUACCAAAUUGUGGAGAUGGUAUAACAGUUCAAACUGAAUAAUGUGAUGAUGGUAAUUAAGAAGUUGGGGAUGGCUGUUAUGAAUGUUAGGCAGAAUGUUCCUAUUGUGAAAUAUGCAAUUAUUAUAAUAAAUGUUAAGUUUGUUAAGAGCAUUUCCAUUCUGUUUAAUAGAUAUGUUUACCUAUUUGUGGGGAUAAUUAUGUAGAAUCUGGUUUAGAAGAAUGUGAUGAUGGAAAUUAAAUUUAAUAUGAUGGUUGUUAUAAUUGUUAAUUAGAAUGUGAUAUUAGAUGUUAGAAAUGCAUUUAUGGUUAAUGCAAAGACAUUUGUAAAUAUGAUGAAUUGGAAAUUGAUGGAAAAUGUUUCAAAUUUAUAUCUGAAGAUAAAUAUACUAUAAAUUCUAAUGAUUGUUCUAAUGGAUGCUAAGAAUGUUUAUAAGAUGAGUGUUUAUUUUGUUUGUAGAAUUAUAUACUAUAUAGAGGAUUAUGUUAUGAAAGUGAAUGUGGAAAUGGAAUAAUAGAACCUCUUGAAGAUUGUGAUGAUGGUAAUUCUAUAAAUAAUGAUGGAUGUUCUAAUUAAUGUAAAAUUGAAUAUAAUUGGAAUUGUUUUAGUAAGGACUAAUAAGUUAAUCAGUGUUUUUCCAUUACACAAGCAUCUCUAGAGUAUUUAAAUUAGACAAAUUAUUACCAAUAUAUUCAACUAUUGUAUUCUAAAAAAAUUAUUCUUGGCAAUAAUUCAGUAAUCGAAAAUUUUUCUGCAAAAGAUUCAUUUAGAAUUUUGGGAUUAAAAUCUGAUGAAUAUCUUAUAAAGUGUAAUCCAAAAGUUCCUAUUUCUCAAAAUGAGUUUAAAAAUAUUCAAUAUGAAUUCUAAAUAUAUUUCUAUUACUAGAUAAAUACUAACCUUAUAUUUAAUAUUUAAUUAAAUGAAACUAUUUUGGAUGAGAAUUAGAUGCUUAUAUUACCAACUAAUUUAUCAAUUGAACUUAAAGUUCCUAAAAUUUUGACAAUGUCUCAAUUAACAGCUCUAAGACUUUAAAAACAAUUGGCCAUAGUAUGA